AAGUUCUUCAUCUCUGUGCUGUCUUCCCUGUUAUCUCUGCCCUUCCUUCUGAAGUGACCCAGCUGCUUCUGCAGUAGCUUAGCCAUUGCAGAGCCAGGAGAGGGAGGACAGGUCUCAGGGACCGCAGGCAGGAAGGUGCCCUCUCUCUUCCCGCCAGUGCCAGUCUUGUUUCUCUUUCUCCACAUCCCUCUCCUACCCUCCUCCCACUUGGCUCAAGUUGACAAGGAGCAGAGCCAUGGGUGUACAGGUAUUAAUUUUUUUUUUUUUCCUGGUGGGGGAAAGGGGUGGGGAUUGAGGAAAGAAAAGACUGGGCAAGGGUGAUUGGCAUGAGGCCACGCCUUCUUUUGUCCUCCUCCCCCUGGGACUCAUUCUCGCCCCUUCAGGGAAAUACACCUGUUUGGGGCCAGCGGCCACUGGGGACAGACUAGCCUCUGCUCCUCCUGCUGCCACCUCUGUGCUGUGGGGAUUCCUGAGGGAGCCUGAGGGACUCUCUGGAGCCAUGAGAGGGCCUCUUUGGAGAGUUCCCUGGCUGUGUCUGAGCUGCCUGUAUUCUUGCCUCCUCUUGCUACCUGAAGAUGCUCUAGCACAAACAUCAACACAGAAGACACCCACGACCCUUUCCAGCAGCACCAGCACAUCCCAAAUGAGCUCACAAGCGUCCACCUUAGCAGCCUCUCCAGACAGAAGGACAGGUACCACAGAAGAAACAUCAACAACAGUUACUCCAAGUUCCAUAACAACAGUUUCUCAGAGCCAUCAUGCUAGAAGCAUGAAGACCAGCAAACCUGAAACCACCACAAACACCGAGGUGACCACAUCAAGUCCUUCAGCCUCCUCAGGUGACCAAAUUCAGACAGAGACAAGUUCACAAAGAACAGUCUCUCCUGGUGAGACAACCACCUCACAUGCUCCCAGCACGAGCAGCUCAGCUCCAAGUACAACACACAUGUUAACCACAACACCCUCCACAGAAAGUACCUCAUUAGACACAGGACACACAACAGCAAGAACUACUCAAGGUUCUAUACCUGCCACCACCCAGGUCUCACUGACACCUUCAUCCCAGAAGAUGUCAACAGUGUCAACACCCAUCACCUCAACUCAAAAAUUAUCAACCCUUCCUCAGAACCAACACACUGGAAGCAUGGAGACCAGCAGCAACACUCAAACCACGACAGUCAUAUCAAUUCUUUCAACCUCUGCAAGUGACUCAGCUCCUGUACAGACAAUGUCUCAAGUGACGUUAUCAUCAGAUGAAAGAACCAAGUCAUCUACUUCUGGUGUCAGCAGUAAAUCGAAAACUACAACAGAAGUGCUCAUUCUAACAUCAUCUACAGACUCUGCUCCAGGAAACACAACUCCGAGGAUGACUCAGAACUCUAUAACAGACACCACGAAAGUCACAACAACAUCUUUACCACAAAAACUGUCAACAGUGUCAACACCCAUCACCUCAACUCAAAAAUUAUCAGGCCUCACUCAGAGCCAACACACUGGAAGCAUGGGGACCAGCAGCAAACCUCAAACCAACACAAACACUGAGGUGACCACAUCAAGUCCUUCAGCCUCCUCAGGUGACCAAAUUCAGACAGAGACAAGUUCACAAAGAACAGUCUCUCCUGGUGAGACAACCACCUCACAUGCUCCCAGCANGAGCAGCUCAGCUCCAAGUACAACACACAUGUUAACCACAACAUCUUCCACAGAAAGUACCUCAGCAGAAACAGGACACACAACAGCAAGAACUACUCAAGGUUCUAUACCUGCCACCACCCAGGUCUCACUGACACCUUCAUCCCAGGAUAUGUCAACAGUGUCCACACCAAUCACCUCAACUCAAAAACAGUCAAGCCUUACUCAGAGCCAACACACUGGAAGCAUGAGGACCAGCAGCUUUCCUCAAACUAACACCAUCCCAGAGGGGACCACAUCAACUCCUUUAACCUCUUCACGUGACCAAAUUCAGACAGAGGCAAGUUCACAAAGAACAAACUCUCCUGGUGCAACAACCACUUCACAUGCUCUGAGCAUGAGCAGUUCAGCUCCAAGUACAACACACAUGUUAACCAUAACAUCCUCCACAGAAAGUACCUCAGCAGAAACAGGACACACUACAGCAAUAACAACUCAAGGUUUAACACCUGCCACCACACAGGUCUCACUAACACCUUCAUCCCAGAAGAUGUCAACAGUGUCAACACCCAUCACCUCAACUCAAAAAUUGUCAACCCUUCCUCAGAACCAACACACUGGAAGCACUGGAAGCAUGGAGACCAGCAGCAAUCCUCAAACUACCACCACCCCCAAGGUGACCACAUCAAGUCCUUCAUCAUCCUCAAGUGACCAAAUUCACACAGUGACAAGUUCCCAAAGAACAAUCUCUCCUGGCGAAACAACCACCUCACAUGCUCUGAGCAUGAGCAGCUCAGCUCCAAGUACAACACACAUGUCAUCCACAACAUCCUCCACAGAAAGUACCACAGUAGACACAGGACACACAACAGCAAGAACUACUCAAGGUUCUAUACCUGCCACCACACAGGUGUCACUGACACCUUCAUCCCAGAAUAUGUCAACAGUGUCAACAUUCAGCAUUUCUACACAGGAAUUAACAUCACUUCCUCAGAGCCAACAAACUGGAACCCUGGAGACCAGCAGCCAACCUCAGAAUAUCACACCUAUAAUGGUGACCACAUCAACUCUUUUAUCAUUCUCAAGGGGAUCUACUGAAUCACAAACAGUGCCUUGGGGAACAUCCUCCUCUAGGACAAUAACUACCCUUUCUACUCCUAUCAGGAAUACCUCACCUGCAUCCACCUCAAGCAUAUUCACCACCACCUUGGCCACCUCAGCAAACACAGGGCACACAGGUGUAACUGGAAGCCUCAGUGUGAUCACAUCAAGAGUCACAAGCACAAGUCUAGUUGGACAGUCCACAGUAGUGCAUCACACCUCUACUCAGCCAUUGUCUGCACAUUCUCAGAGUCACCAGACCGAAGGCACAGGGACACCCAGAACGUCUCAAACCAGCAUCCUCACAGAGGUGACCUCAGAAAAGCAUGUGGCCUCUUCACCUGGACCCACUGUGACAGAGACCUUUUCUCAUGUGUCAUCCUCCUCAGGAUUGACCACGAAGACAGACAGUGACAGAAACACAACAGUCUCGGCCAUCUCCUCAACCCUUACUACCCGCAGCCCAUCCACAGCCUCCAGGUCAACAGUGCCUCUGCCUUCUCUUUUCCCAGAUCAGGGCAUUUCCCUCUUCCCCUACGGGUCUGAAGUCGGCGACAGGAAAUUGUUGGCCCCGGCUGUGGAUUUUAACUCACCAAUCUUCAGGAUCCUGAUUGGCUUUCCCCUCGGCUCCUCCCUGCGGGAUUCCUUCUACGUUACAGAUAAUGGUCAGAUCAUUUUCCCAGAAUCAGACUACGACGUCUUCUCCUACCCCAACCCACCUCAAAGUGGCUUCACAGGAAGGGAGCACGUGGCCAUGGUGGCCCCGUUCUGGGCUGAUGCUGAUUUCUCUAGCUCCAGGGGAGCCAUAUUUUACCAGGAAUAUGUCACAUUUUACAAUGAACACCAUCAGCUAAUCCGGGAGGUGGAGACUUUGAUUAAUGAGUUCACAAGUGAUUGGGGCUACAGAGCCAAGUGGACACUGAAGGUCACCUGGGUCAAUGUUCCUGCCUAUCCUGCCCAGGGGAGCUUUGGGACCAAUACCUACCAAGCCAUCCUCUCCACAGACGGGAGCAGAUCUUACGCCCUGUUUCUCUACCAAAACGGUGGCAUGAGGUGGGACGUGACCCAGGGACCAUACAACCGGGUGCUCAUGGGCUUCUCCAGUGGAGAUGGGUAUUUUGCAAACAGCCCGCUGACAUUCCGGCCAGCAACGGAGAAGUACCGUCCAGAUCGAUUCCUGAAUUCCAAAUUAGGCAUCCGGGGACUGCAGGUCUAUAGGCUGCACACGGAGGAGCGGCCCAACUACCGGCUCAAGUGUCUGCGGUGGCUGCAGAGUCAGCCUCAGCAGCCCAGCUGGGGCUGGAGCUCCAUUUCCUGCCCUUGCUCCUGGCAGCAGGGACAGCGGGACUUUCGGUUCUGGCGCAUCAACACAGGUUGGUGGGACAGGCAGCUGUGCAGCUUCUCCUCCGGGCGAGGGGGCGUGUGCUGCAGCUAUGGUACCUGGGGAGAGCUUCGAGAAGGCUGGAGAAUGCACAGUCCUUGGCAGUUUGACAAGGAGCAGGAGGCGCAGAACUGGUGCUGCCGCUGGAACGACAAGCCCUCGUUCUGUGUCCAGUACCAGCUCAGGCGGCCCCGUGUCAGCUGCGCUGGGUACCGGCCCCCACGGCCCGCUUGGACAUUUGGUGAUCCCCACAUCACCACUUUGGAUAAUGCCAACUUCACCUUCAAUGGGCUGGGAGACUUCCUGCUGGUCCAGGCCCAGGACAGAAAUUCCUCCUUCCUGCUGGAGGGCCGCACUGCCCAGACUGGCACUGCCAAGGCCACUAACUUCAUUGCCUUUGCAGCUCAAUACACCACCAGCAUCCUGAAGUCUCCCAUCACAGUUCAGUGGUUUCUUGAGCCCAGUGACACAAUCCGAGUUGUAUACAAUAACCAGACUGUGGCCUUUAACACCAGUAACACCGAAGGCUUGCCCACAUUCAAUACCACCGGUGUUCUGCUGACCCAAAAUGGCUCCCAAGUCUCAGCCAACUUUGAUGGGACAGUGACUAUCUCUGUGAUUGCUCGCUCCAACAUCCUUCAUGCCUCCUCUAGCCUAUCAGAGGAGUAUCGCAACCACACAGCGGGCCUUCUGGGAGUGUGGAAUGACAAUCCAGAAGAUGACUUCAGGAUGCCCAAUGGCUCCACCAUCCCCUCAAACAGCUCUGAGGAGACCCUUUUCUACUAUGGAAUGACUUGGCAAGUCAACGGGACAGGCCUCCUUGGGAUGAGGGCAGAUCCGCUGCCUACCAAGUUCACCCCCAUCUUUCUGUCCCAACUGUUGAAUCAGAGCACCUCAGGUGAAGACUUGGCCUCUGGGUGCAAAGGUGACACGGAGUGCAUGUUUGAUGUUCUGGUCACGAGAAACAGAACGAUUGGAGAAAGCACCAUCUCCAUCCUUGAUGCAUUCCAACGCGUGAAUGAUACCCUCAAUCAGUACCCACCCACUAUCAACUGCAGCAGCAAGAUUCAAGCCUACAAGGGACGGACAGUGACCACUGAGGUCACCAGCAACUCUAAGGAUGUCACACUCAGCCUCUCCAAGAACUGUAGUGGCUUUAAGCUCUUUGAAAACGGGAGUUUGCAGUGGACACCGACAUCCCCAGAAGCGUGUACCCUGGAGAUUCUAGCGAGGGAUGUCAGGACUAACUUGUCAUCGGUACUCCAGCCCGAGACCGUGGCUUGCUUCUGCAGUAAAGAGGAGCAGUGUUUGUACAAUGAGACCAGCAGAGAGGGCAACUCUUCCCUUGAGGUGACCAGCUGCAAGUGUGACGGGGACACCUUUGGACGCUUGUGUGAACGCUCUAAGGACCCAUGUGAUGAGCCGUGCUUCCCUAACGUGAACUGCAUUCCUGGGAAGGGCUGUGAGGCCUGCCCUCCAAACAUGACUGGAGAUGGACGUCAUUGUGGUAAGCCUCUGGAGAACUGCCGAAACCGUUCCUGUCCUGUGAAUUACUGCUAUAACCAUGGCCACUGCGACAUCUCUGAGGCUCCUGACUGCCGGCCCACUUGCACCUGUCCCCCUGCCUUCACUGAUAACCGCUGCUUCCUGGCUGGGAACAGUUUCACUCCCACCAUCUAUAAAGAGCUUCCCUUGAGGACCAUCAUGCUCUCUCUCAGGGAGGAUGAAAAUGCCUCCGCCGCUGACGUCAAUGCCUCGGUGGCGUACAUACUAGAGAACCUGGACAUGCGGGCUUUUCUCUCCAACAGCUUAGUGGAACUGAUACGAACCUCUCCCGGAACACAGUCCUCGAGCAAGUCCAUUCAUCACUGGAAGGUCACCUCCCACUUCAAGUACCGUCCCAGGGGCCCGAUCAUCCACUAUCUGAACAACCAGCUGAUAGGCGCGGUGAUGGAGGCCUUCCUCCUGCAGGCUCGACAGGAGAGACAGAAGAGGAGUGGAGGAGCCAGGAAGAACGUCCACUUCUUCCCCAUCUCGAGGGCAGAUGUCCAGGACGUGAUGGCUCUGAACCUAGAUAUGCUGGACGAGUACUUCGAAUGUGAUGGCUACAAAGGCUACCACCUGGUCUACAGCCCCCAGGACGGUGUCACCUGUGUGUCCCCAUGUAGUGAAGGCUACUGUCACAAUGAAGGCAAAUGCGAACACCUGCCAGAUGGGCCCCAGUGCAGCUGCCCAUCCUUCACCAUCUACGCAUCCUCUGGCGAGCAGUGUGAGCACCUAAGUGUGAAACUCGCGGCAUUCUACGGGAUCCUCUUCGGGACCCUGGGCGCCCUCUUGCUCCUGGGGAUCUUAGCAUUUGUGGUCUUUCACUUCUGCGGCUGCCCCAAGAACAAGUUCUCCUUCCCUUUGGACUCAGAAUUGUGAGGCCCUGUCCCAGAUGGGCAGCUGCACCUAGGACCUCAGGACCCACCCCUCAGUCUGCCUCUGCUCUGGGGGACUGGAAAGGGCCUGCAGCAUGAAGAUGAUUUGAGAUUCUUCAAGAGUGAAUAAAGGGAGUGAAACCAGACUCAACCUGUUUAGUAGACCAGGGGUACAGGAAAAGGCCAUGAUGGCGAAAUAUACAGAUGGAUGGGUUCCUACACAGACACAUCUGGAAGGAGGAUAUUGCUUAUAUAUGAGUGCAGACACACACACACACACAUACACCAGAGUUAAUGGAUGUGACUGGCUUUACAUUUACCAAGAUGUUUUUACAUAUAACACGGGUUUACUUUUCAUUAAAAUCUAUUUAAAUAAA